GCGCGGAGCCGUGGUAGGAAAAGUUGUGAACGUUUUCUACAAAUGCUAGCGUAAAAUAGCUUCUGUGCCGGAAAUCGUGCAAGAAAUCGUGUACCCUUGGUGGAGGCCAGUUAUCAGCAUUACUGUGUGGCAGACCAGCGGAUAAUUGGCAGAACACAUCGGAUAUAAAAGCGCUGGGCUUUUUUCGGCAGAGUGUGGAUAAUACACUGCAGUAGUUUAUUGUGGUAGUGCGGUGCGUGAGCACAACCAAGGUUCUCGAGACCUUUUCAAAGUGCAGCUUUGUACAGAAAAAAUUGUGCGGCACAGUUGAAAAGUUAACUAUUGGUUGCCUAGUUAACGGGAGGUCUCACAAUCAAUCACGGGUCAGCAUAUUCUAACGUUGGUACCGCGCACAAAAUGGUCAACACGCCGUACAUAAUCAAUGAAAUUUAUGACAUUCUACAAAAGUCGUCUCCGUUCGAAUUGACAUUGGAAGCCUUGUUGGCGUUGGGUGUGAUAUGGAUAGUAUUCUACAAACGCACUACGAAGAAGCUGCCAACGUCCGACGAAGAUAUUCUUGCACGAUGGAUACCGGAGCCGCUCGUGGCAGAAGUGCCGCAGGAUCACCCAGCUCUGAAGACGAAAAUUGUCAACGGUCCGGUUGGUAAAAUGGUGAAUGUAAACGGCAAAGAAUGCAUCAACAUGGCUACACACAAUUAUCUCGGGUUGGCAGAGGACGAAGACAUUAAGCAGGCAGCGAUAAAGAGCUUGCGCAAGUACGGUGUCGGUUCGUGUGGCCCACGCGGAUUUUACGGUACAGUGGACGUGCAUCUGGAGUUGGAAGAACGGUUGGCGAAAUUUAUGCAAGCGGAGGAAGCGGUAGUUUAUUCUUAUGCGUUUUCUACGAUAGCCAGCGCCAUUCCAGCAUAUUCCAAGAGGGGAGAUUUGAUAUUUGUGGAUGAAUGUGUGAAUUUUGCUAUCCAAAAAGGAUUGGACGCAUCACGAAGCAAGAUUUUCUACUAUAAGCACAACGACAUGGACGAUUUAGAGCAAUUGUUGCAGAAGCAGCAGGCGGAGGAUAAGCGCAAUCCGGCGAAGGCUAAAAAAACGCGCCGUUUUUUGGUGGCAGAAGCAAUCUACAUGAAUACGGGUGAAGUUUGUCCACUGGCCCGUAUGGUGCAACUGCGCGCCCGUUAUAAGCUACGCUUUUUCCUGGACGAAAGCAUAUCUUUCGGUGUGCUGGGCGAAUGUGGACGUGGCCUGAUAGAGCAUUGCAAUGUGGAUAAAACGGAAGUUGAUCUGGUAUCGGCCGGACUUGAAUGGUCUGCUGCAACUAUCGGUGGGUUUUGCGCCGGUUCAUCGUUUAUCGUCGAACAUCAGCGACUUUCCGGUUUGGGAUAUUGUUUUUCUGCCUCGUUACCACCCUUGCUCGCACAGGCAGCUAUCAGUGCGCUGGAUCGUUUUGAAAGCAGCCCACGAAUAUUCAAUGAGCUCCGAGAACGCUGUCGAAAGGUUUCAGGAAAACUUCCUCAACUUAAACACUUCCAAUCGCGAGGUGACGCUUUAUCGCCAGUGAAGCAUUUAUAUCUGAAACACCAGCAUGAAUGUUGGGCACAUGAAAAGAUGCUCCUAGACGAGAUUUCUACUGAGUGUAUAGACAAUGGGUUAGCUGUUGUUGCGGCCGAAUAUCUGGAAAACAUGGAGAAGCAUUGUCCGAGACCAAGCAUUCGAUUAACGGUGAAUCGUUUGCUAACGGAUAAGGAAAUAGACGAUGCUUUCCGAAUUUUGGAGCACGUUUCGGAAAAAGUUCUAGCCAGUGCAGGUUAAGAUAAGCUUCUGUAAAAUACUCCCAUAGGAUGAUGCUGCCGGUGACUUAAGCACAUAUAUACGCCAAAAAUACACACACCCACACGCUAGCUAUCCACUAAAGUUCUCGAGUCAAUAGCACUGUUUGAGGGCAAGGAAGUAAACGAACAGAUUCCAAUCAAAACCUAUUAUAAACGGUACCGCGUACGCAGAUAGAGCAGUUCGGCACGUUUCAGGUCGUAUAGUAGCUUCUGCUCAGACACCUUCUAUAGCACAACUUAACUUGUUUGGUGAAAGAUAUAGGGUUUUUAAAAUUCCUACUGCGUGCAGGCUAUGAGGAAAAUAUAAAAAUACAUAUUUCAUUAAAAGAACGAACACAUACCUAAGUUAGUAACUGGCACAACCGAACACUACCAGAUAGGACAUAGAAAUCGCCACUGCUAUAUGGAAAACAAAUAGUGUGUUCGUGUCACAUGGUUUAAUCAUAGGUAUCGUAUGGUAUGAGUCUGUACAUUAGUCAUAGUACGUUCCAUUACACUGUUUCAGAUAGUAACCGGAAAAGGUAGACCCUUUAUUUAAACUUUAUUUUUCUGUAUAAACAUUCUCACGAACAAAUGCAUUGUUUUUUUUUUAUUUGGACGAAGUGGUGUGUAUUUGUGUUGCUUUCUGAUCAUUUUUUCCAAACACUACUUUCGUUGGCCAGCAUUUUGUUUAGAUGAUAGGUAAUUGUUGAUGGGCGUAUGUUGCUUGUGAAGUUGUUGUAAUUAGAUUUUUUUUAUUAUCCGACGAGUUUGUCUGUAAAUGUACAAAACAGAAAACACAGCACCAGUAUCUUUGUUAGCGUGUAGAUUUGGUUUUAGGUUUGUAAGAGAUCGCGUGUUCGUACCGUGUUAAGCUGAACUAGAAUAAGCGAGGACGAGCGGGAUUAUUACACCCCGAAAGUACUGGACAGAGCACUGGCAAGGAAAGAAGCAAGUAUUAGUAAACAAACGAUCAAUGGAAACUUUUGCACUUGUGGUGCGUUACACAGACCACACAUUUAGAGUCAGAAGCAUGCGUGGGGCACAGAUGUGCUGGUUUGGUUCGAUCAAAUGCUAAGGCCUUAAGCUUCAGAAGCAAAUGCUUGAAGUUAUGUAAUAACGAAAUUCGUGCGACGAUUUAUAUGGGCUAUUUGUGAGUGUUUCUUAUCGUUUUGUUAUGUCCCAACUGGUAGCAAACAAGAAUUGUCCAGUCUUUUGCUGUAUGCACUGUAACAAUGAUUCACAAUGUUUUGUUUAUUUUUUGUAUUAGUGAGAAAGGAUUGGCUGUGGCCGUUUCGACAGGCAGGCAGGUAUGACUUUUUCGUGUUUGGCAAAAAGAUGCAAAAUAAAAUACGCUUUACAAACGAAACAUACUUAACAGUGCUUUAAACAGAUAAGCUUUUACGAAUGAUGAACUCUGUUAUGAGAUUUUCGUAGAUACCGGAAUAAAACGAGAAAAUUGAAA